UAGCAGGUUACAAUCUCUUCUCCGUAACAACAUGGAGUCUUAAAAAUACAAACUACGUUCGAUCUGUAAAAGUUUGAAGAGAAAAAGACCUAUUGCUUUAUUUGUUUUCAACUAGUGCACCCCGAAAGAACUGAAGGCACUGGAAAAUGCUGGAGAACUACAUCCCCCAGCGUAUGGGACCGAGUACACUGUCAGAUGUGUGCAUGUUUUUCUUCAAACUUGCCUGGCAAUCCAGAAUACGCCUCCCAGUCAUCCUCACUGUGGUUUUUAUGAUCCUCGACACUCGUCUGCAGCUCGAGAUCAACAUCAACAUCAACUAAACUUGCUUAAACAUCAGUGAUAUUUUUCAUAUAACUGGACUACAACAGAUUCAUCUGUGCCCAAAGUAGAAUUUUGUAAAAGUUUGGUCUAAAGCUUAAAGACCAGCUUUUGGUAUAAAGUUCUUGUUUGAAACAAGUCCCUAUUGCUUCCACGGUUAUCCAUGCCAACUCCCAAAUUAUUGGCAUCUCUGUUGCCCAUGUAUUCUUACAAAUGUAUUCUAUCAAAGUCCUUGAUAUUUUUCUUUCGGUUGGCUUGGGAUGUGAGAUUUGAAUUUCCCUGCUCUGUCAUUUUUGCUACAUUUACUAUGAUUAUUGGGAGUUAUUUGAAUUGACCAGGAAAACUCCACAGACAAGCAAAAUGUAGCUGUUAAAAGCAACUAGAUAUUCAAUACAUUCCGUCCAUAUUAUUAUAUAAUUAUAUAGCAGAUAGCAUAUAUUAGCAGUGAAUUACCUAAAGCUUUGUAAAUAUAAGCAUAGAUUGUAUGAUUAAUCAACAUGAGUCGAGGUAUUAAAGAUUUACGGGAACUGAUUUGUGUCUCUCGCCUAACGGUGAGACACAGCGACGAUGAAAUGGAUUUCAGUGACGAAGAUGGCAGACUGUCCAUGGCAUUUGAUGCUAUGUCACUGGGCAGCGGCAGUGUGAGCAGUAGCAGAGAGAGCUCCGCCACAUCUGAGAGACGCGCAAGCUCUGGAACAGUCAGUCCUGACUCUGGCUUCAACACAAAUGGUUUAUCCCCAGAAAUGGGCACAAAAGGGAAUGGAGAGAAUGCCCCGGGACAUUACAGCAGUAGUCACACCAGUGGAGGUGCAAGACCUAAAUCUAGGAAGAAGAAGAAAAAGAAGACAAAGGCCCUGGAUACUUUACCCAGCAGACACGAACUUCCUAAGGCACAGCCUCUUCCACCUGUCAAAAGAGAAACAAACACAGAACCAGGCUCAGUUGGUAAUGUUAGUGAUGAGGAUAUGGAAAUAGAUGAAGAGUCCACAGAAAUAAAUGGGGCUAAGAGUAAAGACCCCCAGCCAGUUAACUUUGAUGGGAUGCUGGUGUUCAUGGAUGCAACCGUGGUGGCUGAUUGGCUGCAUCGCUCAAAUGAGGCCGUCACAGAACUAACAAAUUGGGUCCACAAGGGAGAAAACUUUGUCCAGUUUGCUCACUUCUGGCUGACAGAUUUUGAUCCUCUUCAGCGACAGAGAAUUAUGGACAUGGAGUAUGGGGUGUUGCUGGAUGAACUGACUGUGGCGUUUGCUGCCGGGAAGAAGAACAGGAAGCUCCGUCACUCUGACAUAGUGCAGCUCCUUGAGGGAAUUUUCAGAGAGUAUCCCAAGAAGCUAAUGAGUUCCAAAGGACCUCACAUGUUUCUCGACCAUUUGGAUGUGCUGACUUCUGAGAGACGGGGUGACUAUAAAGUGCUUCUUGCUGAUGUGAAAUGUUCAACCAAAAAUAAGCAGUUUGCUCAGUGGUUGCUGGCUACAAGGGCAUUCUGCUUGGUGAAUGUCUGGUCUGCCAUUGUGUUGUUCUACAGGACACUGCAGGGCAGGAAUGUUAGCCUUCCAUUGCCUCCAAACCUUGUCAAACCAAAGGGAGAUGUGCAUGAAAGGCGCAUGUACCAGGCAAUAAGGCACGGCUUCCUUGAUGUCGUUCACUACCACAUCAGGUCUAAGAAGGUGAACCCCCACUAUAGGGACGAGCACAAUCGCACCUGGCUUUUUAUUUCUGUGAUAUGUAACAAACCCAAGAUUCUACAAUACUUUAUAACUAAGGUCAAGCUUGACCCCAACCUCCCAUGUGAUACUGGCAACACCCCAUUGCAUGCUGCAGCCAACUGUGGCAAUGUGGACCUGGUGGACCUACUGCUGAGAGUGCCCACUGUGGAGGUCAACCCCGUCAACAUUCAGUGUGAUCAGGCACUUCAGGGUGGUGGAGAGACUGCUGGAGGCCGGGGCAGACAGGAAGGCCAGUAUGGGAGGACUGACCCCACUGGACAUUGCCACAGAUUUUGGACACGAUGCCAUAGUGAGAUUACUGAAAUCAACAUAACACAUGGCACCAUGAGACGUAAUCAUUAA